GAUAGCCUAACCGCUUGACUAAAUUCUUUGCACCGCGUCCAGGAGCGCAUGGAUUCCAUCCCUGUCGUUUUCAUACCAAUUAUGAAGUCGUUCGUGAGACCGGAGUACACGCCAGUCCGUCCUACGUAACCAGAGGCAGGGCCGACAAUACUAUGACACACAUGUGCAGCCUUAGAUAAUUUAUAUAAUUGCUGAAUUGACCAUCGUACUACUGUAAUGUCUGUGAUGCUCUCUACUCAUCACAUCUCAUCCAUCUCGAUAGUCAUCUAUCUACUUGCACACUUCUGAUCAGUUCUACCUUAUCCCAUCAAAGCCCCAAUUGAAACCAUGCCUUCAUUCCCUGACCGCAAGUACAUCGCCGACGUGUUCGCCAACUUCUACGACCCGCCCGAGGGAACCAAGAAGUUCUUCGAGUAUGUCGAUGACAACGUGCAUUGGCAAGUGACGGGCCAGCACCGCUUCAGCGGCACCUGGACGACCAAGGAAGACUACUACAACGCGACGUGGGCCAACAUCAACAAGCUCCUCAAGCCGCCCGGAUACAAGCUGGAGAGCCCGAACAUCAUCGUCGACGCGGAGACGGGCUGGUCCGUCAUCGAGAUGAAGACGGUCGACGUCAAGACCAACGUGGGGGUGCCCUACGUGCAGCACUACUCUUGGCACUGCCGCUGGAACACGGACGGCAAGAUUGUGGAGGCCAAGGCUUUCCUCGAUGCGGACCACCUUGAGAAGGUCCUUGGCGGGGAGCAGAAGCGUCUUGGUCUCGUUGCUGAGUAAGGAUUUCUUGGAGACCUUCACGUGCGUGUGUGCGUGUGUUUGUAUGUGUGUGUGUUAUGAAGUCAAAAGAUCUGCUGUUGAAAAGUUGGAAUGAGGGCGGCUUUUGAGGACUUUCAACAAUUGGUACACGAUUCGGACAAAUGUUAGCCCUCAUAGCAAUCUGACAUUCGCUCAAACCGCCGUGGCGUCACGUUACGUACGAGACAUGGUACAAUUAGAAAUGUUGAGUAGACAAUGAUGAUCGGUCUUGAGGCUUGGCUUUGUUUCUCACCGAGAUAAUUGCAUAAUCGUAGAGGGGACUGGAGGUUUGUUUCGCCUGGUCUGAAAGUACCUAAUCUGCUGGUGAUUGUUAAUAGGUAGG